UCCCUUUGUGGAUAUAGAGAGAGUAAUGCUAAAAUCAAUUUCCCUCUCUUCCGUCUUCACAGAUAGCUGAUAACGUACAGCAAUGGCUUCAUGUUUUGCAUCCUCAAAUUCCACACCCAGUUCCCACAUUCUUCUCUCUUCUUGUACUUCCUCAGCGUCUUCUAAUUUGAGCCCAAUUCAAUUGCAAUUCCCAUGUUUUCGAUUUCAAAGUAAAAUAAAAAUUUGCGCCAUUGCUCCUGCUACUAAGCGGAGGUUUCAUACAAAAAUAAGGUCUGUUGCAGAGGAAGAAGAAACCCUUGUUUCAGAAGCUGAAGCAUCUCCACCACCAGCUGACGCCACUACUGAACAGACCGUUUCUGUUCCGGUCUCCCCUUCUGAUGUCCUCACUAUGUUCUUUCUGGCAGAAGGAUCAAUGACUGAUGCUGCUAUUCCCACAGUAACCAAAGCUUUGGAGGACAUAGAAGGCGUUACAAAUCUCGAAGUAGGAGUUCUUGAAGGCAUUGCCAGUGUGAAGUUAACAAAGCAAACAACGGUACAAGCUACAGGGGUGGCUUCAAGUUUGGUUGAGAUAAUACAAGGGUCGGGCUUCAAGUUACAAACAUUGAAUUUGAGCUUCCAAGACGAAGAAGAUUUCAGUUAGAUAUUUGACUGCUCGACAAUCUGUGGUUUACAAUGUGUCUAUUUAACUCUUUAAUCAAAUUUUGAAUUUAAAAAAAGAAAAAAGUAGACGGAGCGAUUAUGGAGACCAUCUUUCCAUAAUUAGUGUGUAUAUGUAAUUUCAUUUUCAAUUUAUAGUGUAAUUAUACUUAAAAACUCAAGUCACCA